GCAGACACCAAGAGACGGACACCAGGGCCAGGGCUGAAAGCAGGAAGGUGCUGGACAGGUGGGUAGGAGCUUCCGUUCGGGCACCAUGAGCACCUCAGGCCCAGAAGCUGCCCCCAAACCAAGUGCCAAGUCCAUCUAUGAGCAGAGAAAACGCUACUCCACCGUGGUCAUGGCUGAUGUGUCGCAGUAUCACAUGAACCACCUGGUGACCUUCUGCCUGGGUGAGGAGGAUGGCGUGCACACUGUGGAGGACGCCUCCCGGAGACUGGCCCUCAUGGACAGCCAGGGCCGAGUCUGGGCGCAGGAGAUGCUGCUGCGCGUGGCCCCCGACCACGUUGCGCUGCUCGACCCAGUGGUCAAGGAGGAGCUGGAGUCGUACCCGCUGGGUGCCAUCGUGCGCUGCGACGCUGUGGUGCCGCCGGGCCGGAGCCGGGCGCUGCUGCUCCUGGUGUGCCAGGAGCCCGACCGCGCGCAGCCCGAUGUGCACUUCUUCCAGGGCCUGGGCCUGGGGGCGGAGCUUAUCCGAGAAGACAUCCAGGGGGCCCUACACAACCACCGCUCCGGCCGCGGGGAUCGCAGGGCAGCGGCGCUCAGAGCCACGCAGGAGGAGCUGCUACGCGGGCCUCGGCCCGCGGCGGAGACCCCGCCCCUGCAGCGCCGCCCGUCGGUACGCGCAGUGAUCAGUGCGGUGGAGCCGGCCCUGGCCCGCGGGCGACCCCAGGUGGACCCAGUCCCCGAGACUGAGGAGACCGGGAGGCCCGGCCGGGUGUCUACGCGCGAGCGCGCGGACCCGGCCUCCCCGGACCUGGGCCCCCGGGGUCCAGAGCUGGCCAAUCUGCAGGCCGAGCGCGACGUGGACAUCUUGAACCACGUGUUCGACGACGUGGAAAGCUUCGUGUCCAGGCUGCAGAAGUCGGCCGAGGCCUCUCGCGUUUUGGAACACCGGGAGCGAGGCCGCCGGACCCGGCGCCGGGCAGCGGGGGAGGGCCUGCUGACGCUGCGGGCCAAGCCACCCUCUGAGGCGGAGUACACCGACGUGCUCCAGAAGAUCAAGUACGCCUUCAGCCUGCUGGCCCGGCUGCGCGGCAACAUCGCCAACCCUUCAUCCCCGGAGCUGCUGCACUUCCUGUUCGGGCCACUGCAGAUGAUUGUGAACACGUCAGGAGGCCCCGAGUUUGCGAGCAGCGUGAGACAGCCACCCUUGACGGCCGAGGCGGUGGCGCUGCUGCGCGACAACGUCACUGCGCGGGAGAACGUGCUGUGGACCUCGCUGGGGGACUCGUGGACCCGCCCAGGGCUGGAACUGCCCCUAGAGGAGGGCCCCUCGUACAGCCCCGCGUUCUGCAGCGGCUGGGAGCCCCCCGCCACCGACCCGCAGGGCCGCCCCUGGGAGGACCCGGUGGAGAAACAGCUUCAGCAUGAGCGGAGGCGCCGGCAGCAAAGCGCCCCCCAGGUCGCUGUCAAUGGUCACCAAGACCCAGAGCUACAAGCUGAGCCCCAGCAGGAGUCGGAGCCCGCAAGAAAGUGGGUCCUGUGUAAUUAUGACUUCCAGGCUCGAAAUAGCAGUGAGCUCUCAGUCAAGCACCGGGAUGUACUGGAGAUCCUGGAUGACAAGCGCAAGUGGUGGAAGGCUCGGGAUCAACGGGGUCAGGAGGGGUAUGUUCCCUACAAUAUCCUGACUCCUCACCCCGGACCCCAUGUGGACCACAGCCAAAGCCCUGCAGGAAGCCUGGAGGGCAGCGCCCCGCCUCCCCCGCCAGGCCCGGCUCCAGCUCCGGCGCCGGCCCGUCCCCUCUGGAACAGCUGCGACAGUCUCAACAACUUGGACCCCAGCGAGAAGGAGAAAUUCUGUCAGAUGCUCAGCGUGAACGAGGAGCUGCAGGCCCGCCUGGCCCAGGGCCUCCAGGGGCCGAGCCGCGCUGCCCUGGGGCCCCGCGCCCCGGAGCCACCGCUCAGCCCCAGCGCGGACAGCUCUGAGGUCCACGCCUGGCUGCGGGCCAAGGGCUUCAGCUCUGGGACCGUGGAGGCGCUGGGGGUGCUGACAGGGGCGCAGCUCUUCUCUCUGCAGAAGGAGGAGCUGCAGGCCGUAAACCCCGCAGAGGGGGCGCGGGUGUUCAGUCUCGUCACCGUGCAGCGGGCGCUGCGGGAGGACAGGGAGAAAGUGUCGGAGCUGGCGGCCGUGAUGGAGAAGCAGAAGAAGAAGGUGGAAGGCAAUACCGAGACAGGGGUCAUCUGACCCCGCCCCCGGCCCAUCCACGAAAAGUGAUGAGAGCUGGGUGGGGUCACGGGCGCCCGCGCCCCUCCCGGGGGUGGGCCUACAUCCGGGAGCGCGGCGGGCCCGGCCCAGUCCCGGCCUCGCGAGUGGAGGCGGGGUCACGCUCGGGACACCCGGACCAGCCGCCCAUCUAUAAACAGCCUCCUCUCAACCGCAGUGUCGCCUGCUGUCCCCUGACCGCCCGGCGUCCAAGGGUCCCCACUGCUCCCAGCUGCUCUGCGACCCCCGCCUCGCCCCCCACGUCCUGGUCCUGCCCUUCCUCACCCCUAGGCAUUCCCAUCUGAUGGUUUUGCUGGUCAGGACGGGCUUUCCAAGCCUGGUGAACUCCUAGACAGUCUUCGUUACCCAGCUCAGAUACCCUGGAGCCCCGUCUUCUAGUACCCCAGUACCCACUCUACCUUGUCCACUCACAGAAAGGGCAGAGCCAUCUCUGCAUGCUGGGGGCACUGUGAAAUCUGCCCCCCUUCCAAGCCUCAUGUCCAGUCCCCACUGUCCAGCAGGGCUGGAGGACCAGGCGUCCCUCUGCCUCCAGGAAUUACAGCCUGAGUCCUGGCAACAUCCUGGGGCCUCUAGCAGCUCCCUUUGGAGGUGGAUGCCCCCCCUACCCCACCCCAGGGCCCUGGAAAAUCAGAGGGCCUCUGAGAUAGCCUGGAGCAGACAGGAGCCUGGGCUCCUCAUGCCUAGUUUCAUCCUGGAACAUGGGCUCCUUCCGAUGUCCAGCCCAGUCCUACCCGGUACCAAACACAUGCACCACCUGGUCCCAGCGUGGCACUGACUGCCUGUGGCUAAUGGCCAGGCUCGAGGCCUGCUUCUUCCUGCCGGCAAUGCCCUGGCUCAGUGGUGGCCUCCCAAGUGCUGGGAUCACAAGCAUGUGGCUGCCACUUCUCACUUCUAGUAGAGGAACUAUA